GGGUGGGUGGGUGGCUGGCGGGCGCAGGGCGCAGCAGUGUGGUCGGCUGCCUCCUGCGGGCGUUGAACGCAGUAUGUUACCCUGGCCAGCGGGCACGGGCAAGGAGGCAGCGCCGGAGCUGGCGGGCAGUGACCAGGGAGAGGCCUGCAGCUCCAGAGAAGAAGCCCUGAGGGGGCCAGGAAAACCCCCGCAGGACAGCCUGCAGCCCACAGCCCUGAGGCCUGCGGGGCCCCGGAGGCGACAGCUGCUGCCCCGCUACCCGCCUGGCCUGGCUCCUGAGGGGUCCCCACGAAUCCCAGUCCCGCUUUCUCCCCAGGUGCCUUCCUCAGGGAUGACUCUGUUCUCACCCUGGGACCCCAACUUCGGUGCUAAAGCAAGACCUCAGCCGGUGUGGACACCCAGCUGCGGGCCAGGUGCCUCCUUCUCAGGCCGGACGCUGUGUCAUCCCUCUUUCUGGCCCAUGUACGAGGCCUGGGGCAGGGGCCGCAGGCACCAGGCCCCCAGCCUAGGGUGUCAGAAUGGACAGCAGGCACCCAGGGAUGCAGGGUUCCCAGUGAUGUGCUCUGAAGAUGUCUUUUUCUUGGAUCCUCUGCUACCCCCUGGGCAGCAUGUUCCCCUGUACCUGUCUGAGGCCCCUCAGCAGGCCCUGGGCUCGAUGAAGCUGCAGCUCCCACCACCCAUCAUGUCCCCCUCAGUCUACCCCUCCCAGCCCAGGGGUUGCUGCAUGGCCCAGCUCAGUGGGCCUGAGCUGAUCGCCAUCACCAGCCUGCUGCAGAUGAGCCAGGGGGAGCCCAGACCCGGCUCCUCAGGAGCUCCCCCGAGCCCUGCUGGCCCCUUGGAGCCCAUCUCUGACCACCAGAGCUCUUCUGGAAGCACUGAUCCAUCUCUGCCCAGGCCCUCAGACACCCACUGUCCAUAGCACCCCUGGGGCAGAUUACCCCUCCUGUCCUUGCCCUGUUCUGUUGAUAAUAAAACUUUUGGUUUGCAAAGAC